AAUUGACAUGAUCCUCCCGGAAGGGUGCAUUUGGUAUGAAAAUAAAUCUGCGCGGUAUUAUACAAUGAAACAUAGCUAGUAGCCCCAGUUUCUUUCUAAAUGCGUUCUUCUAACCACUGUUUAUAGAGAACUAUCACCAUGGCCAAUUUUAAUGAAGCGGAUUUACCACCAAAUCUGACUUGCCUCAAAAAUGUUGAUACCCUUCUUCGAUGUCCCAUUUGUUUUGAGUUCCUGAGUAUCGCAGUGAUGACAAAAUGCUCUCACAACUUCUGCUCUUUGUGCAUAAGAAAAUUUAUGUCCUACAAGUUGCAGUGUCCAGUGUGUAAUUCACCUACAACAGAACAGGACCUAAGAAACAACCGGAUACUGGAUGAUCUGGUCACAAACUUUCAAACUGCAAGGCAGAAGUUGUCAAAAGCUAAUUUCGACUCGCCUCCAUUAUCCCCGAAGACCCCAGCCUCUAAUGUCAAGUGUAAAACACACAGACAGACCAGGGGCCCCAAGAAGAAUGGCUCCAUCCUCAGUCACUUUUUCCAGAAGGGGCCAAUCACUUCCACAUCAUCUCUCACUACAGAGGCCCCGCCAGCACUUCAUACACAAACUGUGAAAGUAGACCCUGGUCAUCAGGUCUCUGUGAAUGAGGAGCCCAUGGAGGAGAUACCGGCCCAGGUGCUGGUGUCUGUGAAGAUUGAGAAGAUGGACAUCUCCAUGACAGGGCUGUUGUCUCUGGCUGACUCGCCGUCCACAUCACAGGACAUGAAGCCUGUAGUUAAAGUGGAGUGUCCUGUGUGUUCUGUGGGCAUCUCUGAACAGCUCAUCAACAAGCACCUGGACACCUGUCUGACCCGAGGGGAGAAGAAGGAGAGCCUUAGGAGCUCCCUAGGUGCUAAGAGGAGGCCGAUGGGGAAGCUGGUGUACACACUGCUGUCCAUGCAGGAGCUGAAGAGGAGGCUGAAGGAGUGCCACCUCUCUGUCCAGGGUAACAAAGAUCAGCUGAUUAGGAGGCACCAGGACUUUGUACACUUCUACAAUGCCCAGUGUGACGCCCUGGAACCGAAAUCAGCCAAAGACAUUGCCAAUGAAGUGGAGGCCAACGAGAAGGCCAGGAACCAACUUCAGGGGAAAACCAAACGUGUCUUGGACUUCUCAAAGAAUCAAAGUGUGGGGAAGAUCGACGAGAUGCAUUCAACUUACAGGAGGCAGCAUAACAGUGAGUUCUCCCGCCUUAUCGCCCAGGUCCGGGGUCGCCUGGAAAAGACCAGGAAGAGGGAGAUGAAACAGAAAGUGAGGGAUGAGGGAGUAGAGGAGGACCUGAGAGUGGGCUCCAGCUCUGCAGAUAAGGCAGCAGAACAGGAACAGAGGGAUCCCAGUCCCAGUGACUCAGAGGCCUUCUGCAUAUUGAUGACAUCACCAGUGCAGGAGCCCUCUGAGGAGCAGCAGCCUUCUGUUGUAGAGGUCAUUUCCAGGUCACCCAGCUGUCUCAGUGACGUGUCCAUCAGCAGAGUUUCAGAGAACGCCUCGAGUGGGAAACGGGCUUUCUGCUCCAGGGAGGAAGACUCUGCUCUGCCCUUUGUCGUGGGAAAACGAGCACGGAAAACCUGAGGAGGAAUGCUGGGAAGAGGACAGGAGCUGAACUCUGUUAAACGCCUUUACUUUUCUUUAAGCACAUUUUCAGGAUAUGGCAAGUUAUGCAAUAUAUUUUAUACAUGUGUCAUUUUGUAAGUAUUGAUAUCUUUAUAGGAAAUUUAAAAUUUUCAUGGAAUAGUCGCUAAUUGUUUUUUACAUGUACUGUCAAGUGUACAUAUUAACUUUGUAAUAAAUAUUUCACACUUUACAAUA